AUCACAAGGCUGAACAAUAGUCUACCAUUGUCUCAGUAGCAGUUUGGGAUGAGUCGCUUGGCAAGGGAAGACUGUUGUUUAUCUCCAAGCAAACCUGUUCUGCAUUGCUUUGGCUAUAUUUAUGGGCCCACCUUCCGUUGUGCAGAACUGCGGACGUCGAACAACUCAAAAGCGACAUGGCUCCAACAAGGUCCACUCACAGGAGACCACGGACAACCGCGCAAGCGCAAAGACGCGAUUCUCGACAGACGGGUGUUCACACACAAGCACAGCAGACCCAGCCACGUCCUAUAUCUCAACCCAUGGCUCCUGCUCAAUGGCGAAAGAGUUCCAUGCCUAUGCAUCGUUAUCUCUACGAACUCUUGUACCCAUUCCGGGACCAACUUUCCGAUGACGACGUCAUGUCAGUUGCAGUGAACAUAUCCACCAUCAUCAAAGCAACAAACAUUACACCAAUCGACAACGAGCGCAUCAGUGUGGCCAUCACUCACAUGCGGGCGGCAGUCCUGCUAGAGGACGAAUAUGGAAACAUCAAGGUUGUGCUGGCGGAGCCGAGACUGCAGUUUGAAAAUGGGGUCGUGGCUUUGGCAAAUCUCGCUACCAAGUUCGUGACGAGGUGCCUGCGAGGGGCGCCCGACUCGGAUACCGAGUUCAGAUGCGGUAUGUGGGUCGCUCCUGUGACGAAUGCGCAGCAGGAAAGGCAUGCGAGGGAUCAGGAUGCUGGGGAUGAGGAUGAUGAGGAAGAGGAUGAAACGGACUGAGGAUCAUUGUGCAUAUUGGGGGGGA